AUGGAUUACCGCAGCGGCCCCGUCCAGGACUUCUAUCACCCGCCGUCUCCAGGAGGACAAGAGGGAGAGCAAAGACCACCCCAUGAAGAGACAGUACCACCGCCCGCACAAGACCUCGAGGCGGAGAAGCCGCCGCCGUACCCUCCUCGACCCCAACCCCAUGAGCCGGAAUAUCCAGAGGAAAAGCCCCCGCAGUACCCUCCACGUCCAGAGGAGCAGACAGAACCACAGCCUGCAGAAUACUACGAAGCGGAAAAGCCACCCCCAUACCCGCCCCGUCCCGAGCACCAGCCAACAGCAUACCAGCCGCCCCCUCCGCCCCGCCGGGCCCGCCAAGCCUUCGGCGACGACGACCCCUCCAACCCCAUCCACUACACCCGUGACCCCCACAAGCUGAUCGCCUACCUCAUCCCCUUCCCCAAGCCCGUCCUGAAGGACACCCCGCCCGACCGGAUCCCCGACCGCUUCAUCGUCUACACCCCGCCGCCGCCGCCGCUGUCCAAGCCCGCCGACGGCGAGAAGGAGGACCGCAUGCACAAGGUCCAGCGCAAGUGGCAGCAGGAAGUCCGCGAGGCCAAGACCAGCACCGCCAAGACGACGAGCUGGAAGGGCAUCAAGAGCAGGGCCACCCGCGGCAUCGACUGGGCCGUCAACCAGACCACCUCGUCGAACCUCGACUUCAUCAACCGCCUCGGCGACGACCAUGGCAGCAGCAAGCAGAAAGGACCCGCACCCACUCCCGGCCCCGCCACCGCCACUGCCCACGACGACGACGGCAUCCCCGCCGAGACCACCACCACCACCGCACCACCGCCAUCCCCAAAAAAGACCCUCGGCCUAACCGAAAUGAUCAUCGUCUACCCGCCCGGCUCCUCAGCCGCGGGCAGCACCGCCGCCGACGUCGACCCCUCGGCCGCCAUGCGCGCCGAGUUCGUCAGCAGCAUGCUGCGCACCAAGACCAAGGCGCAGCGCGACGCGGUGCUGGCGACGGGCCUGCUGCCCGUGUCGUUCGCCGUCGACGUGCUGGCCACGGUCGUGUGGCCGUUUGGCGGGCUCGUCGAGAUGGAUGUUGUGUGGAUGUACUCGUCGGUGCGGGGGGCCAAGAUUGCGCGGUCGACGGCGAGGCGGCUGGAUGCUUCUUCUCCCACGUCCGCGUCCGAGUCCGAGUCCGCGGCGAAGGGGGGUGGCGGCGGCGGCGGCGGCGACGGGGGGAUGGGCGAGGAGCACGGAGGAACGAAGGGAGAUGGUGAUGGCAACGACGACAACGCAGAAGAAGAAAAAGAAGGCAAACUGGCCCUCACCUUCACCCCCUCGCGCCGCAUCGACGUCCUGCGCCGCUACCUCGCCGCGCGCUGCCGCGAGCGCGACGCCAAGCUCUUCGCCAACAGCGGCGGCGGCCCGAGCCCGACGGAGACGGAAGUCCUGGAAGCCAUCGGGUGGGCGCCCAGCCAGACGUCCGGCGAGCGGCGCAACUGGGAGGACGAGCAGUGGGAGGUGGCCGAGGUCAAGGAGGACUUCCGGUACGUCAUGGCCAAGGGCGCGCGGGAGUGGGACAAGUGGUGCAAGGCGUUUGUGAAGGAUCCGGAGAAGGCGGUGAAGAAGUAG